AUGAAUAUUUUACUGUUAAAGAUAAUAAUUAUAGAGCUAGUAGACAGUAGUAGAUCAGAUGUUAAUUGUCUCAACAUUAAUGAGCAUGUAUAUGUUGAAGUCUCAUCCCUGACCUCUCAAAUGUCUAGGCCAAUAGAUGAAUCAAACCAGGUGAAGGAAAAAAAGCAGGCACCUGGUGUUUUUUCUUCUGACCUACCACUUACACAUGUAAACAGAAAUCAUCUCAGCAAUGUUAAAGAUCUCAAGAGUUCUGCAAACCAACCACUGCUACUAGGAUGUGGGGUCUUUGGAAGAUGCUAUAAAAUGUAUUACAGAGGGAUGUCAGUUGCUGUCAAACAAUUUAACAAGCAUCUCUCAUCAGAGUUCGAUGUUAUUAAAGAAGCAUCACUGAUGAAACAGUUGGAUCACCCCUGUUUCCCCUUUGUUUAUGGUAUUUGUACAGAAAGCAAACCUUAUCUGUUAGUAAUGCAGUUUUGCAGUGUGGAGGGAAAAGCAUACACCCUUCACAGAGCAUUACAGAGCCAUACCUUGUUAUUAAAAAAUCAAGAGUGGUUUGAUGUCAUUUUGCAGCUUCUGGAAGCUUUCAAACUGUUACACAGCAGUUGCCUGAUUCAUCAGGAUAUUAAAGGUGACAACAUCUUGAUUACUUAUAACAAUACAAUGUUUGUGCCAAUAAUAAUUGAUUUUGGAAAGUGUAUUAGAAAACUGGAUGCUUGUAAAAAAGUUUUGUCCAAAGAAGAACAAGAGGCAUACAAACAAAAAUACAAACACAUUGCCCCUGAAGUUGUGGCAGGCACUCAUCUACCAUCAUAUGCUAGUGAUGUUUAUUCCCUUGGCCUCCUGUUGGGGCAGAUUGCAACCAAGAUUGGAUGCAAGUCCCUUCUGUCUCUCAGUAAACACUGCUUAGGGAAUAACCCACAGGCCAGGGCUUCAUUAGAUUACCUCAUGGUAAACAUUCUGUCAUUACAGACAUAA